AUGACGGAUAGCCCCACGUUGGAGUCCACCAAUAGGCUCCUUCACGACCUCGAACGAAAACUAUCGUUGGGUCUGGAGGCCUCUGACCAAACCCACCACUCACACACGUCCCAUGCUUCGCUGGUUAUAGUGGACCAUACCGUGGCGGGUCUUGCCCGCCUGAGCAUCCAGCUGAGUGUGUUGCUGUACAUCAAAAACAACGAUUCUGACUUUGAUGCUGAUCUGGUGUACCAGGACCGUCAACAAAGACAUGUCACCCAGUUUGCGAGGGAAUACUCGCCCAGCACGGCUCCCAAGGUGGAGAAGGUGGAGAAAGAGGUCGACGAGACGCUCUUCAACGGCUCCUUUGAGAGUCUAGAUCGAAGUUUAGAGGACCAAGACGAUUACGACGAUUACGACGAUUUUGGUGACGAGGACGACGAAGAGGACGACGACAUGCUCCUACCGCCGCUGCCUCCGCGUCUGCCUCCGCGUGAGAUGGACCCGGACAAGCUCUACGGGCUCUACGACUUCCUGGGGCCCGAUCCUCUGCAUUGCACACUCUCGAGAGACGAGCCCGUGUACUUGGUCAACGACCUGGACAACUACUGGUGGCUCAUCAAGAAAAUGACAAAGAAGGAGCGCUUGCACCUAGGGAGGCAGCGCCAGGAGCUGUUCCCCGAGAUCUCGGACGACGAGGAUGGGAAAAUCGGCUUCGUGCCAGCAGAGUGCCUAGAAACGUACGGCGAGCGUCUUGCCCGACUCAAUUGCUUCAAGAACGAAGAGCUAGAAAAGAGCGGUGCAGACCCUCUUGCGCCUGAAGCACAUUCUAAAGAGAGCAUCGACUCGGUUGUCGAGUCCCACAGCAUACAAGGUUCGUCCGAGAGUGUCCAGGGCGCCCGCCAGACCCCACUUUUGGGAAGAACCGGCUCUAUUCUUAAAAAGAGCGGAAGCUUGCGCCAAUCCAAUAAGCUGGUCACAUUUGAGAACCUCGGGGCGCUUGUUCUCGAGGGAGAGAUCUCAGACACAGAGUUAAUUGACUUUGCCGAUCUGUACUACAGCUUCAGCCACGAGGAUCUCCAUCAUCCACAAGAAGACGACGAACGCCAAUCGGAAGUGCUCAGCGACUUGUACCCAGCGGAAAUGCCACUCCAGGUCAGCAAGAGCCCUCGCAAGAAAAAGCCGGACUUGACUGACUUGCAGCCACCUAAUUACGACACAAGCUCCAUUGGGUCUUUCUCCCCCGACACGCCCCCAAUUGGCCAUUUUCAGCACGAUGAAGAGCACCGCACACUCCGGCGCUCGCUAAUCAUGGAUCGUCUAUCGCAGGUCACCAUGGAUAUACAAGAGCAGAUGAGCAGCGACAACGAUGACUACACCUGUGAUGUCUACAGCAGCUACGGAGACGACGACGAGAAAGCACGCGGAGACGAUGCUUUCCUGGACUGCUCCCAGGACGAUAACGUCACGCCCUUGACAAGCACCAAUUCGCUCAAUAACGUCGCUCUGUCACCUAAAAGAGUAUCUUCAGCUCCUGUUGGGAAGAAGCCACGUAACGAAAUCGUGAGUCCCAUUCUCGGCAAGCUCGAUGAGCUAACAGAGAAGCUAGCCGAGCUCGAGCACAUGUUGUAG